CGUUUUCCUUCCCACGGCAGGCCCAGCAGGAACAUCCACGCCCCCCCGAGCAUCCCACCGCGACUCUCCCUCGCAGCGUCAAGUCACUCCUUUCGCCUCGUCUUCUCUUCGCCCGCGCUGCUCUUCUCUUGGCUCCCUCCCAGCUGCGACGGCCUUCGUCGCGCCACCAAUCGGCCACCCAACGUUUCGCGACACCCCCUUUACGCACCUUCCACGUUUCGCUUCUCAACACCGACGACAACCAACUCUCAUUCGCACCAGCCCGGUCUCUGCAUCCGUCCAUCCAUCUUUCUGCGUCCCUCGAGCGGCAUCGCCAUGCACUAGACCCCUGUCGCAAGCCAGAAGCACAGUCCUAUCGUGAUCCAGCAGCGCACACCAGCAUCGCCUUGGCAUAGGAUCCAGAUCCCGCGUGGCUGCCUGGCUGUAUCAAUCACAAUGGCGCAGAACGACAGCGUGCCCGAGGAUGACGCCUUUCCCAGCGCGAAAUUCCCGGCCGGCCCCCCCAGCAUCAUCUCUUCGCGAAUGACCGACAUCGUCUCCGAAGACGGCAACAACAGGCACCGCAACAACCCAUUGCGCAGUGUGCCCGGCUCAGACUCCCGCCCGGGGACGGCAAGGACUGGCCUGUCUUCGUCUCGCGGAGGCGCCUGGCCCCAGCCUACGCCUCUUCGCAAAGGCAUCAAACGCUCCAGCUUGACGGGAUCGACUGCUGGCUCAAUAUCCUCCACCCGUCCGCCAAGCUCGGCCGCCAGAAGCCAUGUACCGUCCCUCACUUCGCAUGCCUUCUUCCGCCCGAUGAGCUCUCAGAAGCUCCAGGCUCAGAGAAGCGCCACCCGGCCGCCAAAUUUGAGUUUGAGGCGCGACAGCGCCGCAGAUGGUUCGGACGAACCCACCAGGGCUGCACCGCAGAGCCCAACAGCGCCUGGUCCUGUGAGCGGCCUCGUGCGCGAACAGGUCGAAGAUGGGGAAGGGCGCCCACCCCCGUCUCGCGGUACCGAGAUGACGGAGCAGGAAAUGUACGAGCGCGGGGCCAGGACGGCCACGACCAGUAGCCCAACCCAAGGCCACUACCCUGCUGCCAGCAUUACCGAGAGCAUGCGCCCACUGCAGCGGCCCAAGGCCGGAGAACUCAACCUGAGUGUCAAUGUCGACAAAACCAAGGCCUACAUGGGCUCGGCAAACGCGGCGACACCCACGAGGUCGCCGCAUUCGUUUCGAUCUGGCUUCUUGAAAGCGUCCAGGCCCGAGACUUCUGGCCAGUCUCGUUCGUCUCCGCACCCGCAUGAGAAACUAGCGUCUGCUGCUUCUUCUGCGCAGUUCACACCCGAUGGUGACGCCGCUCCCCCUUCGAGACAGAGGGGAUCGACCAAGUCUGGCAGUGCUAAACACGGCCGGAAUUGGGAGUACUUCCAGGGUAAUACCGUAUUCUGUAUUGGCGGUCGCCUCCAGAACACACGACAUCAGCCCAUCAAUAUUGCGACAGGCUUCUUGGUUGUCAUGCCGGCUGCCCUCUUCUUCGCCUUCUCGGCACCAUACUUGUGGCAACACCUCUCUCCGGCAGUCCCGGUCAUUUUUGCCUAUAUCUUCUACAUUUGCAUGUCCUCGUUCCUCCAUGCCUCUGGCUCAGAUCCAGGUAUAUUGCCACGGAACCUGCAUCAGAACCCUCCCGCCGCAGAAAACGAGGACCCUUUGCGUGUAGCACCUCCCACCAAUGACUGGGUGCUGAUCAAGUCGGCCGAAUCUAGCACUGCCGCCAUGGAGGUUCCGACCAAGUUCUGUAAGACAUGUAACUUGUGGCGACCACCCCGGGCUCACCACUGCCGCCUCUGCGACAAUUGCGUAGAGACCCAGGAUCAUCAUUGUGUCUGGCUCAACAACUGCGUUGGAAGGCGUAACUAUCGAUAUUUCUUCACUUUUGUCUCCAGUGCUACACUAUUAGCGGCCUUGCUGGUAGCCCUGUCCUUUGUCCACGUGGCGGACUUUGCCCGUCAACAGGGCGUCUCGUUUGGUGACUCGAUCGAUCAGAACCGAGUACCGUUCGCCAUGGCCAUCUACGGGAUAGUCGCCUUUUUAUACCCAGCUGCCCUGAUGGGAUACCACCUUUUCCUCAUGGCGCGGGGUGAGACCACGAGAGAGUUUUUGAACUCGCACAAGUUCCUCAAGAAAGAUCGGUAUCGUGCCUUCACUCAAGGCAGUGCGUGGAAGAACUGGAUUGUGGUCCUUUGCCGCCCGCGUCCUCCGACCUAUUACCGCUUCAAGAGCCAGAUGGACGAAGGUGACCAAAGACUUGGCCAGGACCGGAGGGCUGCUCAGCGGAGGGAGAUUCCCAAGAAUGCUGGACAGGAUUUUGAGAUGCAGACCGUGCGACCAGCCGGCACACCUCCGUUCCAGAGUCCUGCAACCAUGCGGACCCUGGAGACAGCAACAACUCGAUGAUGUCGUGUCGAGAUGGCUUCCAAUUCUGCAUGCUGUCGGGACAGCACCUCACUAUUCUUGGCCUAUGUACAGCCAACUUCGCACUCUUUAUGUCGCCCCAAUGGCACUCACCUUUCCCUUUCUUUUCAAUUCUGUCAUGUCAAGAUGUAAUAUCUUCACCUCUUCUCGCAUGUAUACCCCGACACUCACGAAGCUGAAGCGUUUUCUAUUAUUCAACUUGUUUCCCCUUCACCUUCACCCCCAUUUCCGCUUACUGGCUUGCUUGUCUGGGCGACAUCCUGCUCUUGCCCCCCUUCGCUAGUACUAUUACUGUAUACCAUGGUCAUUUCCCGCCGUCGAGCGAGGAGAGAGUACAUGUACAUAUACCCAACGCACACGCUUUGUUCCUCGCCGGGCAAGCUGCUGUCCUAAUUGGUGUAAUGCAGAGGAAAUCUAGACAAACUAUUGCUAUUGUAGAG